AUCGUAUUCUUGCGAGUCUUUUAGUGCUUCAAAACUUACUCAUAGGCGCAUGUGCCUGAUCGACGACCGCGGCUUUUUCGCGGAUUCCAUGCGGUUGGCUUUGCCGAGUUAUCCUGCAGGCUGCACUCCGCAACUUGCAUCCUUCUCGAGAUUGUCGUUGAGGCCACGAGGUUCGGCAAGUUAAUGUGUGUCGUAGCGAGAGUCUCCGAGAAGUGCCUCGUGGGCGCAGGGUCCCUGAGUCGUUCUGUCCUUUAUAUACCUCGCUGAGGUUUGCCCAACUUUAUUUCCAACAGACACAACCAUCAACAUGCCUCGUCUGACGAUCGUUCCUGGGCUUCUUGCCCUGGCCACUUUUUCAUCUGCUGCAGCUUUGGCUGUAACAGCUGAUGUCGCUGUCUCAAAUGUCGCUCCCACUGACUGCAGAUGUUUCCCUGGAGAUGCCUGCUGGCCGACUUCGGCAGAAUGGAGCAGCCUGAAUGAGACUGUUGGUGGUCGUCUCAUUGCCACGAUUCCUCUCGCUGCUGCUUGCCAUGACGAUCAGUAUGCCUCAUACGACGAGGAGAGAUGCACUGAGCUGCAGAACAGCUGGCUGGAUCCUGAAACACAUCUGCCCAGCUCAUCUUCUGUCAUGGCUCCCUUCUUCGCCAACCAGAGCUGUGACCCUUUCCAACCUCGCUCAGCCCAGUGUGUCAUUGGCACCUAUGUCCAGUACGCUAUCAACGUCUCUACCGCCAACGAUGUCGUCAACGGUCUGAACUUCGCUACCAACCACAACAUCCGUCUUGUGGUCCGUAACACUGGUCAUGACUACAAUGGAAAGAGUACCGGUGCUGGUGCACUCGGCCUCUGGAUGGCCAACCUCAAGGAUACCGAGAUCAAGGACUGGUCUGACAAGCACUACAUUGGAAAGGCUAUCAAGGUUGGUGCAGGUAUCCAAGGUGGCGAGGCAUACAAGAUUGCCGAUGCUGCUGGCUACCAAGUUGUUGGUGGAGAGUGCCCUACUGUUGGUAUUGCUGGUGGUUACUCUCAAGGUGGUGGUCACUCAGCCUUGACUUCCAGACACGGUCUUGCCGCUGAUCAAGUCCUGGAGUGGGAAGUCGUGACUGGUACUGGAAACCACCUCUUUGCCAAUCGCCAGAACAACACUGAUCUCUACUGGGCCCUUUCUGGCGGCGGCGGUGGCACUUAUGGUGUUGUUCUUUCCAUGACUUCCAAGCUUCACCCUGACACCCCCACUGUCGGCUUCAACUUGACCUUCGCUAGCGCUGGUAUCCCGAUGGACACUUACUAUGAAGCCGUCACGGCAUACCAUGCCUCUCUUCCCGCAAUCGUCGAUGCUGGAGCCAUGAGUGUCUGGUACUUCACCAACGAAUCCUUCGCCAUCUCGCCCAUCACCGCUCCUGGAAUAACCCUCUCAGAACUCCAAGACCUACUCACCCCCUUCAUGAGCAAGCUCGACCAACUCAACAUCACCUAUACCCACUACUUCGGUCAAUUCUCCACCUACCUCGAACACUUCGACACGAUGUUCUCUCCCAUUCAAGUCGGCAUCGCACAAUACGGUGGUCGACUCAUCCCCCGCUCAGUGGUCGAAAACAACAACACCGCUCUCACAAACGCAUUCCGCUUCAUCAACGAAAACGGCGGCCAAUUCAUCGGUGUAGGCAUCAAUGCCUCCCUCGCCCGCUCCGGCUAUCCCGAGAAUGCAGUAAACCCCGGUUGGCGCGACGCCCUCAUCGACACCACUCUAACCACACCGUGGAAUUUCACCGCACCUUGGGAAGAGAUGGUGGCCAACAAGGAUAAAAUGACCAACCUACUCAUCCCUGCAUUGGCAGAAUUGACACCGAAUGGAAGUUGUUAUCUCAACGAAGGAGAUUUCCAACAACCGAAUUUCCAAGAAGUUUUCUACGGAAAGAAUUAUCAGAAGUUGAGUGAGAUCAAGGAUAAGUAUGAUCCUCAUCAUAUGUUUUACGCUACUACUGCUGUUGGGUCGGAGUACUGGGUUCCUCAGAAGAAUGGCAGAUUGUGUAAAGCAAAUUAGAGUAGUUGGUGAAUGAGCACUGAAGAGUAAUUAACGAAGUCAAUCUAUCUACGACGAUUUUCUAGUCUUGAUUUUCUGCAAACAUGCAUUACCUAAACCUUUGAUCAGAGAUUAUCUUGUAUCUGAGCUUAUAGACAAGGCUGUCACAGUAACCCAAGCUCUUGAUAGAAAGCAUCAUUACUCGGUUCUCUUCCCAGAAAUUCGAGUAGUGUU